AUGAGAUCCUCUCUGAGAGAAGAAUUGCAUGCCUUGUCAGCCGAGGCUACCUACGGAACAACACUUCGUUUGCCUGGUGAGUUCUUCACCGAAGCUCCCACCAAACCACUAACACCAGAGUUGGUUACGGAUCUCAAGACGAUCAUGGCCAAACUUCGACCGACACCCAUGAGCAACCACUCCAAGCAUCAACCGUACAUCCAGAAGGAUUUAGCAGUUUGUUCACACGUUUUCGUCAGCGUUGGUGCAAUCAAACCAUCACUAACACCCCCGUAUGAAGGCCCCUACAGAGUACUACGACGGAAGUUGAAGGUGUUUGUCAUCGAAAUCAAGGGCAGGAAACAGACUACCUCCGUCGAUCGUCUCAAAGCAGCACACAUCGAAACUACCCAGUUGCCAAUUCAGCCUACAAAGAAUGCAGCGUCUCCAUCGAAUAACCGAGAUGACACCGAAACCUCGCCAUACAAAACUAGAUCUGGACGUCACGUUAAGAUUUUCCGCAGAUUUUGGUAA